AUGAAAGCUCUUUUGAUUAUUAGCUCUUUGCCAGACAUUAUUUUUAUUCAUGCUGACAAAGGAUUUGUCAAACACAUUAACAAGUUGUCACGCGAGGCUGGUUUUAUAGGUGAAGACCACAAUGAAGAUGAAAUGGACACUACGGCAUUAUCUCAAAUAUUUUCACCAAUGAUCACCUCACUCACUUACAUGAAUGAACUGGGAAACCCUUAUUCAUCCAUCUUGUGUGAAGAUGGCACAUUGUUUGUCUUCAGGCAGGUGAGUGUAAGGAUCCCAGGGGCCCCACUCACAUAUUUUAAUGACAGGGGGGGGUCCGAAGGAUUUUUUGGGGUCUGACAUUUUGGACAAAAGAGAUUUUUUUGGGUCGCAAAAACAACAGAGGGAUUUUUAUGGGUAUUGUAUUUUUCAUCAGCUCAAAUCAAAAAUAACAUAAGCGCAAUUUAUAGUUUUGUUUUUGACCAAAACCAAAGUUGAAGUUGGCAUGUUUUAGCUUUCCAGAAGAUAAAUAAUAAAAUUUGCUGAUGCAAAAACACUGAGGAAUUUUUUUGGGUGUGCUAAAAAAAGUAGGGAUUUUUUGGGGUAGACAAAUUCUGAAGUUGGGAUUUCUUUGGGUAUAAAAUAUGAACCUCUGUCAGACCCCCCCCCGUCAUUAAAAUAUGUGAGUGGGGCCCCUGGGGUAAGGAUAGGCUCGAUUUUUGCUAUUCUCUGGGUCCUCCCCAGAAGAGAGCUGGGGAGGAACACAGGGGUAUAAAAAUAUUUUAGUUGGAGUUUUUAUAUUGGUGUAGGAGAACACAGAUUUAUUACCAACACAGGCUUAUUUCCUGAACAGCAGCUGGUAAUCAAGCUUUUUACUUCUAUCAUCUACUUUUUGCCUCUUUUUUUUUCCUUCUUCCCCCCGCCCCUGGCCCAAUGUCAAGAAAAAGCGUUACUGUUUGUGCAGUGAUUCUUCUGUUAUAUUCCAACAUUGAAUUGGGGGAUGUGGGACAAUUAGCAAAAGAGAAAAAUCUCCGUUUUGUGGAUUAAAAUGGACUACUGUUAAGUUGUACAGGCCCUGUGUACAACCUUCUCAACUACUUUUAUUUGGGAUGAUAGGUUGAAAAAAAUUAACCUGAAUUAAAUUUUGACCUGUCACACAUACAUUGUAAUCCUUAAAUGACUGUGAACGUAAAGGAUUUAUUUGUAUGGGAAUUUUUGUAACAUUUAACCCCAAGUUUCCAAAAUGGAAAUCGCUUCAAUCUCAGAAGAUCAAAAAAUAACUACACAGGGAGCAAGAACAAACUAAAGUAAAUAAGGUAAACUCCAGCUCAGCUAGUAUUUAUCUUCUUGAAUCUAUUGCCUGAAUCCUCAUACAAAUCCUUUAUGUUCACCGCCAUUUGAGAAUUAUGCAAUAAAUUAUUAUACCACAUGGAUUAAUCAUAAUUUAUAUACAUUUGUAAUUGAAGUCUCAUACUGAGCUUGGGCUGCCUGUGGUUAAACUUAAAGAUACAUGUACAGAGCAGGCCAGCUAUACACUGUCUCAGUAUCUUGCCUUUGGCACUGAUAAAGAGAGUUUGUUUAAGAAGAGCUAGUCAGCUUAUUUUUAUCUCAGUCUCAGUAUUUUAGUCACUUUGUCAUUGGUCCCAAGGCUUCAACUGUUAAGUACUGCUUGUCUUCAUAAGACAAUCUUAAAGGCCUUGCUUAUGUCAGUUAGGGGUGUGUUUGCUCAGGACCCAGCUAGAGGCGUGAGGCUUUUGUGCCAGUGUUUUGAGUAAACAGUCACUUUUACCCUGCAUGUUGAAACCUGCCAUAGUGCUUUAGUUCUUUCUCACUAUUAUUUGUAUGUUAUGAAUUCUAGUUUGAUGACAUGGUUUUCACAGCAGUUAAUGGUGAUGGAGAAGAAUCAGAGGAUUUUCUGAAGAGAAAGCUAUCAGUCCUAUUCAAGUUGGCUACUCUGCAUUAUGGACCAUGCCUUGAACUAUUAAAACCAGAAAUACUAUCAGCCCAGAAAAAAGCCUGGAAAACUCUGGGUGGUUUGAUUGACACAUGGGGAUUUCUUUCCUCGCAACAACAGAGUUUCUUAGUUGAAGCUGUUGAACGAAUUCAUGUGAAUCAAACGUUAAGUGAAAUGAGUAUUAGGCUUCUGGAUACUACACUUAACCUGGCUAGAACUAAAGGUGAACAGAAUGUGCUUCAUGCUCUUCUGCUUGUCAACACCAAGCUUCUUGCUCUCUAUUCCAGGUAAUAUGACUGUAUACGGUGCUUUUUAGUUUUGUACUUUAAACUUAUGUGCAUGUUAAUAUUAUUGCUGAUGUCCCAUUUGUGGGAGGGGUCCAGCAGGCAAGGCACUAUGUCUAUCAGAAUAAUAUUUUUUAAGUCGUUUGACUCAUUAUGGUGUGAGUGUGAACCAGAUCCUUCUUUCUCAUUUAAAUGUAUAAAGUAGAAUCCUAAUUCAGAUUCAAUCUGAGUUCUCUUUCCCCAGUCAAACACUGUAAUAUUAUUAUUUUGCUCACAGUUCUUUUGAGCCUCCAGAUAAUUUGAACUAAUGAUUUCUCUAUGUUGUGGUUCAUUGUGGUUCUCAGUGUAAAUUUCAUUCAUCCCUUUGUUGGGUAUGGAAAUCAGAUGGAGUGAUGAUUGCACAAUGAUAAGUCAAAGGCAAUAAGAGGAAAAUAAGAUUUGCACCAAAGACUAAUUCAGUGGCAAAAUAUAUAUGUAUUGCUUAAGAUUGAGGGAAGGGUUUAUGAAAUUUGUCCUUCAACAAACUGCAAUGUAGCAAAAUAUUCAUUCAGAGAAAAAAAUAGCAACACAUGGACUGUCUGUUUGUAUCUCGAACCAUUUCAAAGCAACUUUAGCAAGUUUUAGAUUUCAAGUUGCUCUUACAGGAAGAAACAGGAGGGAAGGUACAACUCUAAACCUUGCCUAAACAGCUUUCCACAUUCUCUCAUGAAAGUGAAACAGAAAUGGUUUUUGUAGAGUCUGGGGUGCUUGUGAAAACUGACUGUGAUGCCAUUGUAAAAGUUACAAUAUAAUAAUUCUUAUUUUUUUAGUGAGAGCUUUCCCAAUUGUAUUCUUAUUGUUCCAGGAAAUACAGGAUAUCAAUUUAUUCCCUUUAGCGUGGAAUCACAAAGGAAUUUACUAAGAGUUGGGGCAGAAUGAUUGGCUUAAAUUGCAUUCUGUCUACUACCAAGAUCGUUCACCCAGUGUCUUAAUAUGCAUUGCCAGCCACUAGUAAUAAUGACGUUUUCUAUGCCAGACAAUUCCAAGAAUGUGAUACCUGUCUUAGGUUUAAUUAGUCUUUUUUUCUUUUCUUUUCUUUUUAGUCGGAAUGCAUCUGAGCUUAAGGCGGCAGACAUCUUAAUGAUUACAGUUAUUUUACACAACAUCUUCCCACAUUCCAAACAAGCCAUCCCGCUAACUCUUAACAGAACACCACCUCCCCUGGCACACCCAGUGGUCCGCAAAGGAGGGCCAUCAGUGUCACAUCGCAUUAUCAGUGGUCCAUUAUCACAAGGGGUUCCUUCUAUGCAAGGAGAAAUCUCAGGGACAUCUGCUCAUUCUGAUCCGGUAGACAUCAACACAUCUUCACGGAAAUAUGCAAGUGUAGAUGCUGAGGAUGUAGGAUACACUGGCUCAUCAGUUGAAGAUGAAUUUUAUUCUCCACGGUCAUCACCCACUCCCUUCAGUCCUGUGGACGGUAGAGAGUCUGCAUCACAGGAUGUUCCAAAACCUCCCAAAGAGCAUUUCUUUACUCCAAGGGCUCCUACUCCGGAGUACCUAAGGAAACUGGUAAAGAUGUCAUGUGAAUUUUAUCAUAGUUAAUGGAGGUGACUGGUUAUGAAACCCGGCAAACAUCAAAGGAGCAAACAAAGAUGCCAAGAUUUAUGUUAGAAGGUCCUCGACCCUGCACAAUCUUUUGUUUUGCGUUCAUACGUUAUGCAUGAAUUACAUAACCAGCAUGUUUCUAUUGGUUAGUUCCUCAGUACGGAGUAAACAACUAUUGUGUUUUGUGUAGGGUCAAGGCCAAAAAAGAGAACAAAAACAUACAACAAAGAACUUUGUCGGGUUUCAUAACCAUUCCCUCUAUUAACUAUGAUUUUAUGUUAUAAUACUAUAUUACAGUCAGCUCUCUCUUAACAGACACCUCUAUUAGUAUAAGACAGACACAUCUCUUAGAUGCACCUUGGGUUGGUCCCUGUCAUUUUUCAGUCAUUUUACUGUAACUAUAGUGACUAUAAGAUAGACACUUUUCUAAGACAGACAAUGCACACUUUUGACACUGUCAACAGACACUUGAGAAUUACUUUAUGCAGUGAAAAAUAUCUCAAAAUGGAAGUGUAGGUCCCCAGACUUCCAUCUCUCACCCCGGGUCACGGCACAAUAUGGAAUGUAGGUGCUCCGCUACCUGCAAAUAAAUUGCAAUUUUAGGGGAACAAGUUACAUAAACCAAUACAGUACAUGUAUGUGUUUCCUGCAGCUCAUAUCUUGAAACCAUGAUCGUCAUUUGUGAACACCAUGUGGAGAGAAACUAACACACUGCCUUGUUAACCUGUAAAACCGUUAUCUUCUCUCUGUUUUAGCUGAACUCUUUUGGCCUUUAGAACUUCAAGUAGUCCCACCAGAAACAAACCAUUGUAUAACAGAUUAAUUUUUGCAUCCUUAACUAAUUACAGUACUCUACUGCAGUUUGUUUUGCAGUUAAAACUUUUACUCAAAGAAGUGUGUAUAUGUUACUGUAUUGUCAUUAUUUUGAUGCUUUUAGACAACUAAGCCAUGAGGUUGCAUUGACUUGUCGUGAACAUUUGAUUGUAAAUUGAGAAAAUGAUUCCACUUUUCUAUUACAUUAUUCCAGUUUUUGCUGUUUUGUACAAGUAAAACAGAUAUGCAUUGCAAACAGUUUAAGCUUUAUUCUCUUGAUAUAAUUACUGUUGUCACAUUACCUUGACUCUGUGUAAGCCCGACACCUCUCUAAGACAGACUGUCGAGGCGGGUCCUCAAGGUGUCUGUCUUAGAUAGAGUUGACAGUAAUAUAUUUCCUUUUCCUUAUAUUUGAACUGUAUCUGCUGACAUUAACUUUAACCAAGCUGAGCAGUGCAGCUAGCAGUUAAGAUAGCAAACAAGAAUGUGGACAAUGUCAAGUAUGAAAAUUAUGUUUAAAAGCAAAAGCGUGAAGACUAGAUAACGUGAUCCACUGUCCAAAAGAACUCACCUAUGAAACAUCAUUGUGUUCAGAGAAUUAAAUAGGAAAGAGUGUGAGCUUGAGAAAGUCAUAACAUUUUCUCAAUGGCCUUUUCUCAUUUGAUGCCUCACUUGCAGUGCAAUCUUGUGUUUUUUUUGUUUCCUUGACAACUCACCCAGGAUAAUUCUUGACUUGAGCCGCUAGCCUUAGAAAUAAUUGUAUAAAUGGCUAAAUUUUUGAAAACACGACUUCCAAAAUAGACUUGUUCUGCCAUGCAUUCCCUUUUUGUUCAAAAAGGUCUUCAAUGUAGCUGUUGUGGUUCAAUGUUAUCUUUGGUUUAAAUUUUUUAUUUCUCUUUGUUUUGGGGUAUGGUAAUGUGGGAUAAUGAGUUUAAAACAAAGGGAAAUAAAAUGUAAACCAAGGAUAAAAUUGAACCACAACACAGCCAAUAUUUUUUUCUCUUCUUACCCUCGCAUUCCUCUAGUGUUUUCUCUUUUGUUUCCUCUCGUUUUCCUUCGGUAGUGUGAUUUUCAGGCCCAUUGGAUGCAAGAAACUUAAUUCUUUGGCCUUUUUUUCGGCAACUUCCUGCGAGUUUUGGUAGUUGCAAAAAUCCAGCCAGAUGAUAAUGCAUUACAUGUACUCUUUCUCUUUCAUCAUUGUUAAGGUUGAAGAAGAAGCAGAGGGUGAAACAGAUGAAGAAGAACCUGACUCACACAGCUCAGACAGGCAGCAUGAGUAUUACCGCCAGCCAGUUUACUUAAGCUCAGACAAGUGCCCUUAUUUGCCACAUGUUCUCCACUUUGUUCGUCUUGGCACUGGAACUGUGUUAGUCCUUGUGAGUGAGGUAGGCAAUUAGUUAUGGAAACCCAGAGCUGGGGCAGUCCCUUAUUAAAGCUAUAUNUUUUGUUUCCUUGACAACUCACCCAGGAUAAUUCUUGACUUGAGCCGCUAGCCUUAGAAAUAAUUGUAUAAAUGGCUAAAUUUUUGAAAACACGACUUCCAAAAUAGACUUGUUCUGCCAUGCAUUCCCUUUUUGUUCAAAAAGGUCUUCAAUGUAGCUGUUGUGGUUCAAUGUUAUCUUUGGUUUAAAUUUUUUAUUUCUCUUUGUUUUGGGGUAUGGUAAUGUGGGAUAAUGAGUUUAAAACAAAGGGAAAUAAAAUGUAAACCAAGGAUAAAAUUGAACCACAACACAGCCAAUAUUUUUUUCUCUUCUUACCCUCGCAUUCCUCUAGUGUUUUCUCUUUUGUUUCCUCUCGUUUUCCUUCGGUAGUGUGAUUUUCAGGCCCAUUGGAUGCAAGAAACUUAAUUCUUUGGCCUUUUUUUCGGCAACUUCCUGCGAGUUUUGGUAGUUGCAAAAAUCCAGCCAGAUGAUAAUGCAUUACAUGUACUCUUUCUCUUUCAUCAUUGUUAAGGUUGAAGAAGAAGCAGAGGGUGAAACAGAUGAAGAAGAACCUGACUCACACAGCUCAGACAGGCAGCAUGAGUAUUACCGCCAGCCAGUUUACUUAAGCUCAGACAAGUGCCCUUAUUUGCCACAUGUUCUCCACUUUGUUCGUCUUGGCACUGGAACUGUGUUAGUCCUUGUGAGUGAGGUAGGCAAUUAGUUAUGGAAACCCAGAGCUGGGGCAGUCCCUUAUUAAAGCUAUAUAGGUUUGGCAGCCAAAAAGGGUACCGCUUUGGUAUUUGGCACCAUUUUUGGGUUGGGAAUUAGGUAUAGGUCAUUCUUACCUGUUUUAGUCUGAAGAAGGGAACGUUUUUGUGCUCUCUGGAACCGGGUCUGGCAAUUGGGUAGGUUCUUAGAAAAUCCCAUAUUUUGGUCUGUAAUUGGGUAAUGGUUACAGGAAGCAUGCCCACAGAUGAGUGAUCCAUCUUCUAGUUGGUAAAUUGUAGAUGAAGGUGGUUUGGUUCUCUUCUCUCUGCUGGUUUGUCGUUUUGUGAGAGUGAAAUGUGCUUCAUGUUACCUCUCAACCAGGCGUUUAACGGGGUAUCAAUAAACCCAAAGGGAAAUACUUUCUUAUCAAAGAGGACACUAAUACUUCUUGAUGUUCUCGUUGUGCCUGUGGUGAAGUAUAAUUAUAUUUAUACUGCUUAUUAAGAUGUUUAUGACGUUUUGCAGUGACCUCAAAAUCUUCAUUCCUGUUUUUCUUAUUUGGGCAAUCCCACGUGAAUCUCCCGGAAUUAAAAAAGGGCUCUGAAAAAGCUAUACGUUAUUAUGCUUGUAGGAGCUGAUCACUUUAAUUUGCUUGCUUUUUAACUGUUUGUUCUCACAUUUUCUCUGGUUGACAGACAAAACAGUCUAAUGUGGCAUCGUUCAUCUACCAAGCUUUACAAUCCUUGGCUAGCAUCAAGCCAUCUGAAGAUCAGGGCCAGCGAACUGCACAUCAAGCUCAAACUCUUUUAGAGAAACUGGAAGCUUCAGUUAGGAGAGUUCUAGAGCCCAUAAGAACCGCUGUUGGGGUAGGGAUGCAAAUAAUUUUUCUAUUUUGAAAGAACAUAUGUCCGGCUUAGUCACCAUUUUGGUCGGGAAAAACUGUAGUCGGAUCGAUGACAGACAGAUUACAUGUCAUUAGUAUUGUGCAUGUAAGGCGCUGGGUUCAUAAGUUGACUGAUUAACCCAUCCAUAAUUUCAUUAAAGAAAUCGUUUAAAGUUUUUUUUUUUUUUUUUUACAAUAAUUCACAUGUUCCAUCUGCAAAAUAAUAGUCUUACCUGUUAGCUUCAUCCCGAUAACAUAACUGACGACAAUGAGUCGGAAGAUGACUACCCUGCAGGUUGUCGAAAUGUCAGUCACUGUCGACAACAGUCAUAUUCAUGACCACGAUCACCGGGACGAUCAUGGUCCAUCUUCUUAUAACUGACGACAGUUUAGACUUCAUUGGAUGUUGUCCUUUUUACCGAAUGUCAUUUGUAGUUCUGCGAAAUGAGACUGCGUUGUUUCCCUUCUUUCUUGUUGUGGGUUACGUCACGCCACGUAAAUUUCGCUGUCAAAGGUCUUUGUGCUCUUUUGCCAGUAAAGGCUGGUCCUCAUACGAUUUCUACGAUCGAUGAAAAAAAGUUCGCUGACUGUUACGGUUAUGAUAUGGAAACACAAGAGAGAAUAAGCAUUCUCUCUUGGGAAACAACAUUAGCAGCAACAAACGCUGAGAUGGCUAGGCUCAUUGCCUUAAUAAUUAUAUUUAAAAGCUGCGAUCAAUGAGAUCGCGACUAUCGUUGAACACUUUCAACAAUUCUAGAGAUUUUAUGGAAACCAGGCCUAAAAGGACAAGAAUCAUAAUGCUGCAGUCCUUUCUCGGAGAUGAAAUUGUUCACCGAUUAUGGGUGCAGUUAUACUAUAACUGUGCUUAAACCAGGGCGUGCCGAGAAAAAGUAAAUUAAGUGGUAUGAAAAGGGCGAUCUACCGUCUUUUUGGCGAGCCCGGUCAGUGUAAAGCUUAGGGUUACGGUAAUUGGUUUCGCUCACUUCACAUUGGCGGUGUGUUUUGUGAGAAUACAAAUGUGCUUUCUUUGACACCUAGGCAUUUGAGGGGGUACUGGUAAACCCAAAUGGGAAAGGACACUAAUAUAUUUUGAUACUUCAGGCGUGCCAGUAGUGUAAUAGUAUUAUACCGCUCUUUAAGGUGUUAAUGAGAAACCUUCGUGCCCUUUUUUUGUGUUAACAAAAUAUCCUUUAUCUAUUUAACAUUAUAUAGAAAAUUUUCCAACACUCACAGCAAAAUUUAAGAGAACAAAAAAUAUUUCUCCCGAAUCGCUCGAACUUCAUCAGCGAUGUGAAGUGCCAGGUUGUGUAACACACAGGUUGUUACGUAUCCCCAUGAGAGAAUUGUAAAUGGCGGGUAGGUCCAGUCCCUCGUCCCUAUUCGGAGAGCGUUUUCUUUGUUUGAUAGCAAUGGUCUCCUUGACGCGGUGCUUUAUGGUGUUACUUUUCUUCGGAUAGUACUUUUGCAUUGUGUGGGUUGAUAUUAUGACCCGUAGCAUGACAGUGCUCGAAAUCGGCAGAAGUUUCACGGGACUGGUGUUCUUCGAUCCGGGUGCUUCACGUCACAUCGCUGAUGAAGGUCGAGUGAUUCGGACAAAAUAUUUGUUUUUUGUCUCAAAUUUCGCUCUGAGGACUUGGAAUUUUCUAUACCAAAUGUCUUCGCCAUAACAGGUGAAAAACCAAUUUGGUAACAUCCUUUACCUAGGUUGCUGUCGAAAAUCAAAUUCGGAACCUGCGUUAUCGCUGGGAGUUGGUUAAAAGAGGUGAUUUAUUAAGCUUUAUGAUGGCUCCAGUCGGCACAGAGAUGUCCCCCCAGCUGGAAGCAUCCGUUAAUGAAAUGACGCGCUGCCUUAAGUCACUCUUCAGCGUCAUGUUUUGUACGAGCAGGGGUGAGCCGUCCAUCAGUGAACAACAAUUGGCGACCAUCUCACAGAUCAAAGGAAUGCUACAAUUUCAGCUGGCCGAUUUUGAGGAUUACUUGCUGGUAAAAGGACAAAGAAAUGUUACAAUGACUGCGUAUCCUUUUUUUCUCAGAACUGCGUCGGCGUUUGUUUUCUCAUGAUUCGCAACGGCUUUUCUGCGCUUGAUUUCCCGGCCUUGGAGCCACUUGCGUCUUUAUACUUUCUCCAUGUAAUUAGUUUAUUUAUUUUUGUCAGAAUCUUUACUUUUGCUAUGAUUGGCUACGGAAUACAUCUUAAACGGUGAUUUGCUGUUUUCAAAAUUAUCAUAUCUAUAAGAUGUCGGUAAAGGAAAUCUUGCGCCGUGGUUAGCUACCCUGGAGAGCAAGAUGAAGCUAUCUUUCCUGCAUGGGAUUUCCCCUAUUUUUUUUCGUAGGGGAAUAGUUCUUGAAGAUGGCGCACAAGUUCGUGACUUGAAUCAGAGUUUUUUCUAGGGAAAAAUAAUUAUGGAACAAAGCCCAAAAAACUUAGACUAAUUUUUUUUUUGAUAAAGUCAUUUCAUACGUCAUAAAGUCCUAUCUAACAGUUUUUUUUAGACUACUUUGAUGUGUGGAUGCUCGUAAGAGCAGACGCAUAAACGCAUCCUCCCAGACAAACGUCCACGUAUUUUUGGAUGCGUUUUGCCUGCAUCUUUUGGUUUGUCAUCUCUGUCUUUUUAUGCAAUCCCGUUUACAUUGCUUAGCAAUUAUCAGUUAUCUUGAAGACUUUCCUGGUUUGGUUCAUUUCAUUUAUGUGGACCGCAGCAGUGACCAAGUAACCGCUCCUUCUAUUAACACCACACCAAGCAAAAUCCGGGACACUUCCGAUCCCUGCUACGUCAUCAAACAGAAAAUAUGGGAUAUGUGGGUUUACAUUCAUUCUUAUUUACUCCUUGGUAAGUCAAAUGUAAUCAGAUGUUGUGUUCUCGCGUUUUUUCCAAAUAAUAACCAGGGAUUUUAUUCUUUCUAUAUAAAUGCAUGGUUACGGGCAAUGUCACGGGAUGUGUUAGCAUGAGAGUAACACGAUUUGCGCAUGAAAGCAGUAAGGUUUUUAACAUAGCAAGGUCACCUCCAGCCUCGCUUCUAUUCAAAGGCCAGGGCACUAAGCACACAACUGUAAAAUGGCCUUUUUUUGGUGUCUUUAGUUUGCCAUAGACGCUUUGGAAAUGUCAUGAACCCAUUUAGGCCCGCCAAAACAAAUAGGAAAGUCAGAACUCUCCAGGGCAUUCUAAUGUUACAAAUAAAUGUGUUUGGUAUGUGCUAUCUAUUAUAUUCUAACGGAAUAUGAAAAUUCCAAUAUAUUUCUGUAACACAGCAUAUCCAUUUUCCAGGUCACACUUUCAUAGCAGUACGUGACGGAGACUUUCUGUUUACAUAUUGUCUUUGGUUUGAAGACUCAUCCGGGAAUCCUGUCGUACUGCAUUGUCCUCUUCCAGUCCUUUACGGUUCGCCUCCUCCGGGAAUUCUUUCCACAUCAUUUUACAAGUAA